UCAUCAGUUGUAUUCUGGCUGGUCUAGUGAACGGACGUGCACAGACCGACUCUUACAUGAAGUUCAUCAAGUUAAAAAUGUGAUUUUUAAAAGAUAAAAUUGUGAUGAAUACAAAAAGAUUUCAAUCAAAUCUUUAGUUUAAAAAGUUUAAAAUGUUCGGAAAACUCUCCAGAACCCUCAGAGGUUCCCAAAGUGAUAUAUACAGUGAGAGUAACUACUCUGAGCGGAAAACCCAAAGUGUUGUAAAUGUUAAACAAAGAAAACAAAAGCAUUCCAGAAUGGGUCGUUUGUUUGGGUCAGACUGUGAAGAAGAAACAGGCAGUGUUGUGUCUGAUAUUCCAGGGCUUUAUGGCAGAUCUGCCAGUAUGAAUACCUUAGUUGAGAAGAAGAAAAAGAAAAGUGUCGAAGGAAAAUUGGAACGAGUUGAAAAGAAAAUGAAAUCUAUUCAAGAUUCCUUGGGAAAUAUUGCAGGUGAGCAACUAUCUAUAACACCACCAAGAGAUGUGUUAGCACUGAAAAAAGAAUUAGAACUACAGGACAACUUUAUUCAACAAAUGAAGAAGAGUAUGUAUGGAGAGAGAAGGAACAGUAAGAUGUGUCUUGAACUAAGGUUAAAAAUCCUAAAUUAUGAACGAGAGAGGAAACUAAGAAUACUCACAGACAAACGGAAAAAGCUCUCCAGGAUGAAAUCUAACGAAAAUAUUGACGCUUGUAUUACUGCAGCUGAAUUGGAGUUUUGUAUUGAAAGAGAACAGGUUGAAGUAAUGGGAAUAUCACAGGAGGUACAGGUUGUUCAGGGAAGGUUAGACAGGGAGAAGAGAAGAACAGAUACCUUAUAUAUAAAUAAUAAUAAUUAG